AUGUUCUCCAAAGCAAUUGUUACCCCCACCGGUGUCAUCGCCGGCAAGCUUAGGCUUCGAUUCCGUGGACUGCUCCAAAAAGUCCGCGCUAUCGAGGACGUCGACGUCACGGUGCCCAUGACCGCCACACCCCGUCCCAAAUGCGACAAAAUCCCCGCCCUCGCCUCCACCAUCACAACUACCGCCGCCAUCGCCCUCCCUCACCCUUCUCAAAACUCUCAAACCUCCUCUUCCGAGUCCGAAUACUCCAACGAACUUUCCGAGGUUUCUUCCCAGACUGAUAGCGCGAGCGAGCCGUCGACGAGAGAGUUCCCCGUCACCCCUCGCAACGAUCAGUCUCCUCAGAGUUCUUACGACUUCGACUCGGCCCCGUACGACAACAACUAUGAGGCGUCGGUAUUUGGUGGUGUGGCAUGUGGAAAGGAGGUAUAUAAGGAAUUAGAGCUCGAUGGUGAAGAGCUCGAGGGGAACGGUAUGUAUGCUCAGUCCGUCGAAUCGUUUGAGUAUGAGGCGGAUCCGCUUGGUGUGGGUGCUUGGUUUGGCGUGUCAUGCGAUGAGGAGGAGGAUGAGUACGAUGACGAUGAGUACGAGUACGAGGACGAUGGUGUUUUUGAGGGUCCUGUUGAUGAGGAACCCGAUGCCGAUACGUACGAGAUAGAGCCUGUUUCAGGCUAUUAUCUGGAGGUGAAAUACCCAGCGGCUACGAUACGUACGACUUCGACUUCAGCGACUCGGCAACAUUCCGCCACGAAUACCCGUCCCCGCCUAUUCACCAACCACCAUACGAUCGAUCUUGACCUCGACCGCGACGACUCGACACACAUACCCGCCUAUCGAGGAUCCUUUCCCGCCGACAACUCCCUCCUUCACUUUUACCGGGGCUCAACAACCACGCCUUUGCGAACACGUUCAACGACCUUUCCUUACGAACACCAGGAAACCGAUGAGAGAAGAGAGCGUUUGGGUGGGAAGCAAGUAGGGAGACGCAGGGAUGGUACAUCGGGGAUGGAGGACUCGGAUUUAGGGGGAGAUGUUUUGGACUCUGGUACGGGGGAGCUGGGAUGCUCGACUGAAGAGGAGGACGAGGAGAAUGGAAAGGCACCAAACGAGCCUGAGAGGCAUCAAUCUACACCGCUGGUGACGGGUUGCGCGAUCCCACCACCUACGGCACAUUUUUUCUUUCAUCGUACUCUCCAGAAGAGUAUAGUCAUCGGCUCACGCGCCCGAGCUCGGCGUGGACUAGCCUACAUAGCCAGAGGCCUCCUCGAGAGACCAGUAACUAGUAGUCUGGACCCACACCGCUUCGCGAGGAUACGGAAUGUUUGGUUUGGGGGAUCGAAGGGCAGUUGUCGUUCUUGGGUUUAUGGUUAUCUACUUUGCGACUGGGUGUCUUCUCUCUAUGUGGGUAUUGCUGGAAAUGUUACAUAUACCCAUAUCGCAUCGCACCGUGCUGGUCAAUCAUCCUGCCUCGUGAUGUAA